AUGGAUGAUAAAGAGAAACUUAUCGUAUAUUCAAAUGCCAGUUCGGUAUUUACAUAUACUGCAGAAAUAAGGCCAAAUUUCAAAAUAUCUGUAUCUCAAAGCCAAGGUUUUGCCUGGAACCAGGACUUAUUUGCCACACAGUACCAACAAUCGUAUAAGGUAGUAUACGAUGCACACGAAGACGACUUUGAAGAUUUAAUUUUGAAGAUCAAGGGUAAAUUAAAGGCAAACUCCAAGAAAAGAGCUAAAUUGAAGGCUAAGACUAAAUUAACAAGAACUGCAAAGCAGAAAAGAGAAGUCCCCGCAUGCGAAAGGGAAGCAAGUGAUGAGGAUGGCGACAGUGAACGCUAUCAAAGGAUACAAGUCCUGGAUGGUCACGAAUUUCCCAGGGGAAAUCCGUAUAAACCUGUAUGGGAUCAUGACGUUCACUCGAAUGGAGAUGAUAGCGCAAGCGAAGGGGAAAGCAACCGUGAUGUAGAUAUGAUUGGUGGCACUGACACGCCAUAUUCAAGAAUGGCUGUAAUGGAUAGACCACGCAGAAAAUCUGAGAGAAGCAUAAGUUUUGUGGAGGACUCCAAGACAGGUGAUUAUAGGUACCAAAUCGGCCAAGUGGAUGUUGUAGAGGUGGACUCGGACACCCCUGAAAAUAAUCAUCUCAAAUGGUUAAUUAGGUAA